GUCACCGGUUCUUUGACUAGGCAAACAUAAAUAGAAAUAGCGGCACUCCACAAACAACAAAACAUAGGGACAUCUUCUUCAGAUAAAUUGAUUUAAAACACACGUAAUCUGAUUUUGUAGUGCCCGUUUUGUAAGAGAGAGGUGGGACGCCCCCCAAUUACGAUACUACUCAUUUGGUUGACUGCUCCACCAACACCAGCUCCUCCUCCAUCUACCCGCUCACUCACCGCCGUCGUUUGCCAGACAGUCACCCCAGCCGAGAAAGGGGCUGAGAAGUCAUCUAAACAACAGUUCAGCCGGAGGAGAAGACGAGGCAUGAGAGUCGACCUCCUGUAUCGAGACUGAGCCGGCGCGGUUUAUUGAGGCUUCCCGUACCGGAUUUUCAAAGUGCUUCUCCCCGGCCUCAGAGUUCGUCGCUGUGGACACGAUGGGCUGCUGUACCGGCCGGUGCACGCUCAUAUUUAUUUGCACCUUACAAUUGGUUUUGGCUCUGGAACGGCAGGUCUUUGACUUCCUAGGUUACCAGUGGGUCCCAAUCCUAGCCAACUUCUUCCACAUCAUCAUUGUCAUCCUUGGCCUCUUUGGCACUAUCCAGUACCGUCCACGCUACAUUGUGGUGUACACUGUUUGGGCUUCACUGUGGGUGGCGUGGAACGUCUUCAUUAUCUGCUUUUAUCUGGAUGUUGGCGGCCUUUCCAAGGACAGUGACCUGCUGACAUUUAACAUCUCAGCUCAUCACUCUUGGUGGAGCGAGCACGGGCCUGGCUGUGUGCGGAGAGAAAUGCCACAAACCGAAGGGGUCCACACCACUGAAAGCCACUCCUAUAUCACCGUCAUGGGCUGUCUCUUGGAAUACCAAUACAUUGAGGUCAUGCACAGUGGAACACAGAUACUAGCUGCUCUCGUGGGCUUCGUGUAUGCCUGUUACGUCAUCAGUGUCAUCACAGACGAGGAGGACAGCUUUGAUUUUAUUGGUGGAUUUGAGCCAUUCCCACUCUACCAUGUAAAUGAGAAACCAUCUCAUCUCCUCCUAAUGCCAGUUUCCUUGUCUACGUAAAUAGAAGACCGUCAUGCUGAGAAGUGACGUUGACAUUUUUUGCCGCAGUUUGACCCAGCUGUUCGUCCUACGAUUUUCGGACGUGCCAGAAUUUCCUUCUUCUCUCACGUUGCUGUUUUAAGUACUUCUAACAUAGCACUCACUGGUGGGCUGCUUGGAAAAUACACCUGUUUUGUUGUCUCAAUUUUAUCAAUCUCCAAUGUCUGUUUUCAAGCAUUCAUUCAUUCAUUCAUUCUCCAAGCUGCACAAACCUCACAGGGUGUUUUAAAGCAACUUUUGGUAAAUGUUUUUGUAUUGCAUUUGUAUUUGCUGGGGCGUUGUGGUUAUUCCAUUAAUACAGCCGUAUAGAACAGCCUAACAUCUACCAGCCCAAGAAUAUCCAGUGAGUCUUAAUUCAAGCUACAGUUGUUUUGCAUGACAUUGCCAUUUUGGUUCAGAUUCUGUCUGUGGUGCUUAACCACAGUGGAAAGAACAAACCAUUAUGCAAUCCCUGUUCACUUUGUCUUAACACAUACACAGGCAAAAGGAACCCAGUCGCAGGGACAAGCAUCAAAUUAGACAAUGUAAAUAUUUUAGGGUUGGCAGAAAAAUGAAUUUAGUCUGAUCUAAAUGAUCAAAAAUGCUUAAUUUAUGGCAUGUUACUUUUAUUUCUGGACUUACUCUGUGAUUAUUUUCUCCCAUAGCCAAGUUGCUGAAUUUGUUUUUGCGGGGGGGGGGAAUGCUGGAACAUGUACAUGGGGUCAAUACUGUACGUAGACUCUCAGCCUAUUGUUAACUAAUUUCAACGACUGUUAGAUCGUGGAAUAAUUGAGAGAGGGAAAAUGCAUGGCAAUAGUUGAACCAUGGCUGUUGUGCUCAGUUGGUUGUUUUUAAUGUUAAAAACCGCACGUUUAUCUAUCUAUACAUCAGUAUGUGUGUAUCAAAAUAACAGUGGAGCCAGACCACUAAUCAGUUGGUCUACCUUAUACAGUACUUGUUCUUUUUCAAAGGCGUUUCAUACUUGAAAAGCACUUUUCUUUGUCGUGGGAGACAAUUCCACUGUUGCCUUACUGCCCUCUGGUGUUUUCUGUGUCCAUGUACCAGAGCAGAAAUGAUUUUUCCAUAUACAGUAAUACUGUGUUGAAUUUUUUUUUUUUUUUUUUUUUUUUUUUAAGUCAGAUGCAAUAGCAAAUGUAAUGUUAUUUUAUACUGCAAAUUAUUUUAUGCUCAAACGCUUUCAGCGCACUUUUUAAAAAUUUGACCAUUCAAGGUUUUGUUUUUCUUGACCUCUGAAGCACAAAUGUUUUGACGCUUCACACAUUUAUCGCAUGAAGCUUCAGGAUCAAAAGAGUUAGGAAUAAGGAUGUUGACCAUACUUGUUUUUUCUCUAUUCACAGAUCUAUUCUUGGCAGCUGAUUGUCAGAUUUCUUAAAUUUUCUCAUUCCCUGGUGGUCUCAAAACCAUCUUAUCCCAAUGUUUACUUCCAAACCAUACAAUGAACUCUAUAGCGAGUUAUUGUUCAACACACCUUAAUUAAGCUAAGGCACAUGUUUAACAUUGGAAUAAAGUAUGAACACUGAAAUAUCGAUUAUCUCAGUUUACUCACAAAUUGAUUUACUAUGUGAAAUCUGGGUCUUUUUAAUUGUACUCAUCUGAUAUAUAGGCUGGAAGCCAUGACUUGACCUAGUGUAUGAACGGCAACCUACGCUAGUUUGCUGUACCUUUUUUCCAUUUAAUGAGCAAAUAUGCUGGUGUUUAUUUCAAACCAAUUUUCAGACAAAUUGGGGAAACUGGGUAAUUUCUCAUGUCAUGCCACUGCACCCUGGUUGGGAAUCACUGCUCAAAUCUAUAGCAUGUGUGUGCGUGUUUGUAAAUCUCAUUUUGUGUCAGUAUUGGGAAUAAAUCUUUCUGAAAUUUACUACUUCCUCUUGGUGCAAUACAGCUUCUUAAAACUGCUUAUUUGUAUGCUGGAUUCCACUGAAAAGAUGGCACAUCUUUGUUGGCAUUUUAUUUUUUGGGGUAUAAAAAGUGUUUUCUAUUUCUUUCUCUCUGUCUGUUUGUACCCAGUGUUGCCCAAACCCAAUAUAAUCUGUAUUUUUCCACAACUAGCCUUUGUGUUCAUGUGAAUAAGUAUCAUGAUAAAAGAAUGUGUUCUUGUAUCUUGCCGCUUGUUAUGAUCUAAAAUUCUUUGCAAAAUCCACAUUAAACUCACCACACCUUUUCUGAGGAGCUUGAAAUAUUUAUUAUAGAUUCUAUUUAGUAACUGCUAACUAAACCAGUAACAUAUGAGAAAGAAGUGCUUGUUUGACACGCAGGCUGUGGAUUGCAUCCCAACGCUUUCUCAGGACAUGAAGGCACGAA